CCUUUACCUAGUAGUUAACUAAGGUUAGUAACAUUUUCCAAUCGCGAGGCUGGCCAUUCAUUGACGCGCGAUACAAAAUUUCUAAGUUCUUAUGGCGAACAACAGAACCUGAACCUUUUGCUUCCUCUCUCCAUCUAAACUCUUCAUUAAAAUCUAAUUUUCUUAUCACGUCGGAAGCUGCUACAGCUUCCUUUAUCUUCAUUCCUCAACUUUUACUUUUCGACUUUUUUUCUUUGACGUUUAAAUUCAUCAGCAUCGUCAUCAUCAAAUCGUCGAUUCGUCCCUUAACUUCUACUGCACGACUCAGCCCGUCAACAUGAGUAAUUCUAUGAGAGACUUGAUCGUUGGCGAGGCCGAGUUGGACGAUGAAGAAGACGAUGAGUCUUUUGACGAGGACACUGGCGAAACUCGUCAGAGAUCGCGAAAUCAAAACCAGGAUGUAGAUGACUCUAGUGAAGAGGACGAUGAUGAUGAGGAUGAAGAGGAAGCGCGAAAAAUUCGGGAAGGCUUCAUUGUCGAUGAAGAUGAUGAAGAUGAAGACCAGGUCGAAGACGAGGAAGAGCGGCGCAAACGAAGAAAGCGUAAGCGCCGACAAGAACGCGAAGAAGAAGCUCAAUUGGAUGAAGAAGAUCUGGACUUGAUUGGUGAGAAUAUUCCCGAAUGGGAACGCAAGCAACCUUCGCAGGGCAAGUUUAAGCGACUGAAGCGUGGCCAUCGUGAUGACGAUGUUCGUGGAAACGAGCCACGUCGCCUGAAUGACAUAUUUUCCGACGACGAGGAUGAUCUUGCCGAUGAUCAGGGCUAUGCUCGACCUAGUCACCGUGCCGCCGCUGGUGAAUUCGACGAUUUCAUCGAAGAGGAUUUCCCCGUAGACGAGGACGAGCGCAUGCGCCAGAUGGAAGAUAUGGAGGUUGCCCGUCCUAGAGACAAAGGAAUCACUGGACGUAUUGUUGACCGCACCGGACUCGAUAAAGAUGCCUUUGAAGAUAUGGAAGCCAUCUUCGGAAAUGGAGAAGAAUACCAGUGGGCUUUGGACGAGGAGGAGGAAGAAGAGGAACGGCAGAGAGAGGAGCAAACUCUUGAACUCAAGGAUGUCUUCGAGCCCUCACAGUUGGCUGAGAAACUCUUGACUGACGAAGACAACGCUAUCCGUUUCACCGAUGAGCCCGAACGCUUCCAACUCGACCGCAAACCCUUCAAACACCUCAACAUUCAAGGCGAACAAUUCAAGGACGAGAUCCAAUGGAUUGGCGGUUUGAUGUGGCCAAAGAAGCAACUCUCCAGUGACUUGCACAGUCCGUUUCACAAAGCGAUUGGCAAGGUGCUCGAAUACUUUGUCCUUGAGGACCUGGAAGUACCCUAUGUCUUUCAACAUCGCAAGGACUAUCUUAUCCAUGCUCGCAAAAUCCGUAACCCUGAUCACCGCGACGACCCCGAGGCGCCUGAGUAUAUUGUCAAUGCAGAAAAGCUACUUACUCAGGAUGAUCUCUGGCGAAUUCUCGAGUUGGACAUCAAGUAUCGGUCACUAUUCGAAAAGCGUAGCGCGCUUGAAAGGACUUACGACAGCCUGCGAGAAGCAGCCCAGGUGGAAGACGACAUGAUACCUGAAAUGGUAUCUCAAGCUGUUACGAUGGAAGAGCUCCAGGACCUACAGGAUCAUAUCAACUUCCAAUACACGUCCCAGCUAAAGGACAUCGCUGCUAUGAAUGGAGUCGUCAAGGGAAACAAGCGACCUGGUGCGAAGUCGUCCGUUUUUGAGCGCGUCCGCAAAAGCAAUGUCUACAAGCUCGUAAAGGCGUUUGGCAUCUCUCCCGACCGUUUGGCGCUGAAUGCUCUUCACAAAGGCAAAAAGGUAAUCUCGGAUGACGAGCAGAAUUUGCCAAUUGACCUGGCGGACAGCUUUACCGACAGCGAUUUCCCAACUGGCGAUCAGGUCUUGUCACAGGCUAGGUCUAUGUAUGCGGAGGAACUAUUCAUGAGCCCAAGAAUGCGAAAGCAUUUCAGGCUGAAUUAUUACAUGACGGGCGAGAUCAGUUGUCAUCGAACAGAGAAGGGACUUCGAAGGAUUGAUGAGUCACAUCCGUACUACGAGAUCAAAUAUCUCAUCAACCAGACAAUCAGUGACCUUGCUCGACGACCCGAAUUAUUCUUAAAAAUGAUGAAGGCCGAGGAGGAAGGUUUGAUCGAAGUCAAACUUCGACUACAGAACGAAAAGGAAUUCCGUCGCCUACUGCAAAUGGAAUUCUUCUCCGACAACUAUAGCGAGCUUGCAGAUGCGUGGAAUGAAGAACGCAAAAAAAUACUUGAUUUGGCAUUUGCUAAACUUGAGAAAGUGGUGGCUAAGGGAGUCAAGGACUCGCUACGGACAGCAUGCCAAGAGGAGCUUCUAAAGCUCUGCCGAGAGGAAUACUCUAAGCGGCUCGACCAAGCACCUUAUAAACCGAAGGGCAUGGUGUUGGGCACAACCCCGCGUGUCCUUACCUUGUCGAACGGCAUGGGCGACCCAGCGCGAGACCCAAUCUCCUGGGUCUGGGUUGAAGAGGAUGGACGAGUCAUCGAGCACGGCAAAUUUGGAAACUUAGCUCGUGACGAGGCUCAGCGAAAUGCCUUCGUCGAAGUGGUGGAACGCAGAAAGCCGGACGUCAUAGGCGUUAGUGGCUUCUCAACCGAUACUCAUCGACUCGUUCGUGACUUGGAGAGUCUCGUCAAUGAGAAAAACCUUACGGGUCCUGAGUUUCCAGACCCCGAUUCCGAUGACUACCGUAGUGAGUUGCUGGAAGUAGUGGUUGUCAACGACGAGGUCGCCAGGCUCUAUAAGGACAGUCCCCGAGCACAGGCGGAUCAUCCGACUUUGAGUUCCAAUACUCGAUACUGCGUUGCUCUCGCGAAGUAUCUUCAAAAUCCAAUGAAGGAAUAUGCAGCGCUGGGGAAAGAUAUUACCUCCUUAUUGUUCAACCCUUGCCAACAUCUACUUCCUCAAGAAAAGCUCCUAAAACAUCUCGAGACAUCAAUGGUCGACAUGGUCAACCUUUGUGGUGUCGACAUCAAUGAGGCCGUUAGCGAUGCAUAUACAGCCAACCUUCUGCCAUAUGUGGCAGGUCUGGGUCCCCGAAAAGCGACGAGUGUCAUCAAGGCUAUCAACACCAAUGGUGGUGUGGUGAACUCAAGGGACGAACUGGUUGGCGAUCCAGACAACAACAAGCUACCGGUCGUUGGCCCUCGUGUUUGGAAUAAUUGUGCCAGUUUUCUCUACAUUGAAUACGAUGCCACAAACCCUACGUCCGAGCCUCUGGACAACACUCGUGUCCAUCCAGAAGAUUACGAGUUAGGUCGCAAGAUGGCGGCGGACGCGCUCGAGUUGGAUGAAGAAGACGUGAAAGCCGAGACUGACGAAAAUGGGGCUGGUGCCAUUGUUCGCAAGCUGUUCCGUGAAGAUGAGCAAGAAAAGGUCAACGAACUCAUCUUGGAGGAAUAUGCAGAACAGUUGGAGAAAAACUACAACCAGAGAAAGCGAGCAACCCUCGAGACUAUCAGGGCCGAGCUGCAGGCACCAUAUGAAGAACUUCGAAGAAACUUCAGCAGCUUGGUAGCCGAGCAGAUCUUUGUCAUGUUUACGGGUGAAACAAAGGAUUCUCUCGCGGAAGGCAUGAUUAUUCCGGUCAACCUACGCGUGGUGAAGGAUGACUUUGCUAUUGCUAAGCUUGACUGCGGCAUUGAAGGCCGGAUUGAGGCGCACGAAGUCAGCACCCGAAGUAACGUGUCCAUUAGAGAUGUUGUACACGUUGGCCAAACUGUUCAGGCUAAGAUUAUGGAUCUUAAUCGCAAAGAGUUUUUGGCGAAACUCUCAAUACGUGAAGAUGCUCUACGACGACCGUAUAAAAAGCAUAACGAUCAUGACCGUGGGACCUGGGACUUCAGACUCGAAGAUGACGACAAAGAAGCUCUGCGAGAGAAGGACAGAGUUACUGGUCGUACCCAACGAGUCAUUAAACACCCCUUAUUCAAGCCGUUUAAUUCUACGCAGGCUGAGGAAUACCUUGGGUCACAAGGUGCAGGUGACGUCGUUAUUCGACCUUCCUCGAAAGGUAAUGACCACCUCACAGUCACUUGGAAGGUCUCAGAUGGUGUGUAUCAACACAUCGAUGUUCUUGAGUUACAGAAAGAGACAGAGUUCUCCGUUGGGAAGACGCUUCGUAUUGGCGGUAAAUACACCUACACCGAUCUCGACGAACUCAUCGUGGACCAUGUCAAGGCGAUGGCCAAGAAAGUGGACGAAAUGAUGGGCCACGAGAAGUUCAAGAACUAUAGUGUCGCAGAAACUGAAAAAUGGUUGACAUCGUACUCCGACGCCCACCCAAGUCGCUCGAUCUACGCGUUCUGUAUCAACCCUAAGCGUGCCGGGUAUUUCCACCUAUGCUUCAAGGCUAGCAAAUCAUCACCGAUUAACAUGUGGGAUGUGAAGGUGGUGCCUCAUGCUUUUGAGAUGAUGAAGAACCAAUACCCACACAUGCUAGCUCUGUGCAACGGCUUCAAGCUGAGGUUCAACAGCGAGAUGAGCAAGUUGCAGCAGAUCAGGAGGUGAGAGUGAGCAUCGGAGUCGGCCAGCUUGCUUUCCGGUUAUAUGUAAUACCAGGCGUCGUUGAUUUGAGAGGCUGGGCUGCGUUUGCUUUGCGAGUAUAUUGACGACUAAACGCAACCCCAGAUAGGUUUAUAGGGUAAUGCACCAUGUUCGUAUCAUGAGAGGCAGCAGGUCGGUAAAAGUGCCAAAAGUGUGGAGGUAGUAUUACAGCUCAGCUAGAUCUAAAUACCAAAAAAAAAAUCCACGAAUAAUAGUCCCAGUAGAUGCAGCAGAGAGAAUAGCGGUAUAGUACAUGUUACUUCAGUGUUUGUUCUUGUCUUGGGAAUAGGUAAAUCUAACUUGAUCUACACGUAGUUUGGCCUAGUACUACAUACUGUAGUAUGCGGG